AUGGGACGGCUGCAACCAACAGUCGUUGUUACUCCUCAGGCCAACAGACGUUCGGAUCGUGCCAAAAGGGCAAAGGAUACUGUCAACAAAGUAAUUCCGGAUAUUCUCAAGUCGAGUCCGAGGGCCAGACAUGGCAUUCACAAUGCUGUUUUGACGACCGAUCCCAAAGCCGAAAGCAAUACCAACAAGCUAUCAACAUCAAACUUGACGAUCAGACUCUGUAACACGGACUCUCUUACUGCGGCUCGUCGCCUGACUCACUCGUCUCGCCGGCAAUCUGCAGCAGCUGCGUUGGCAAAUUCAAAGCAAGCAACCAGGUCGACGAAUGUUUGCGUCCUAAACAUGGCCUCUCCUCUGCGCCCUGGCGGUGGGUUCCUGGAUGGUGCAACAAGUUCCGAGGAAUUUCUUUGUAUGCGUACCACAUUGUACGCUUCUCUCUGGGAUGACUUCUAUCGACUACCCGAAGUGGGCGGAAUCGUUACUCCGGAUGUCAUGGUGCACAGAGAUAGUACACCAGAAGCAGAAGACCUACCAAAGCGGGAACGAUUCUUCGUUGAUGUCGUCAGCGCGGCCAUGAUUCGCUUCCCAGAGACCAACAGUGCACGCAUUGCUGAGAAGGAGGAGGCCGAAGGCGGCUGCUCAUGUGGUGUCAGUUAUUGCGACCGUGACCGUGAACUCGUGACACACAAGAUGCGUGGCGUGCUUCGCAUGGCGCAAUCUCGCGGAGCUGAAAAACUCAUCCUUGGAGCGUGGGGCUGCGGUGCAUAUGGAAACCCUGUACGCGAGGUCGCAAAGAUCUGGAAGCGUGUCAUACUCGGUACUACCAGAAAGGCAGAGUCCUGGCCAGGCAUCAAGGAGAUUGUUUUCGCCAUCACUGACCGUGGUCAACUCAAGGAGUUCGAGAAAUGCUUCGGUGAUGUUUUGACCAAGGAAUCCACACCACCGCCUUCAGAAGUGACUCCCGAGCCACAAGCUGCUGGCACUCAGAGUCCCACUUCGGAGCUCAUCUCGGAGCUGGUAUCUAAGAUUCAGGAAACCGAGCUGCAGCUUGACCAGAUCUCGAAUCCUCGUAGCAAAGCUCGCCUUCGAGAUGUAUUGGCCAAUCUCAACAAACAGCUGUCACAGGCAGGCUCAGGACCAGAAGAAGAUGAAAUGCCACUGGAUCCGAUUGAUGAGGAAAUGGAAGACGCUUCAUACCCCGAUGCUGCAGGCGGCUUCGAAGGUGAAGAAGGCGGCUACUACAACUUUGACAGUAGCGAUAUUGCCUCGUCAGGUUCAGUCUCUCCAUCGACAUCAGACAUUUACGAGUUCCGCGUUCCAGGAACCAGCGUACCGAACAAGAGUGUCGAGUCUCAUGCGACCGAUGAUUUCGAACAUGUUGGCUUCGACACCGAGAGUGGAUGGUUUUCCGGAUCCAUCAAUGGCCUCUCGUCACUCCCUGGCAAAACAGAGGCGAGGAGGUUCCGGCACUAG